AUGACAAGUCAGGAUUCUGGUUUGCAAAAUUCGGGUUCGAAUUCUCUUGAUCAUUCGGAUCCUCUAUUUCUUCAUCCUGCUGAUCCUGGUUUAUUAUUGGUGUCGAAACCUUUUGAUGGUUCGAGUUUUGGUUCAUGGAAGAAAUCAAUGUCGAUAGCCUUGUCAGCAAAGAACAAGUUGAUCUUUAUUAAUUCGAAUUCUCAGCCUAGUGCCACUGAUCUUAAGUAUAAUCAAUGCAGGAGGUGCAAUGAUAUGGUCACUUCAUGGAUUUUGAAUGUAUUAUCUCAAGACAUAGCUAAAAGUGUUCUUUAUUCGAAUUCAGCUCAUGACAUCUGGAAAGAUAUUCGUUUAUCAGGCCAAGGUACAAAUGAUGUUGCUGGAUAUUUUACUAAAUUGAAGAAAAAUUGGGAUGAAUUAAACACUUUAUCCUCUCUGCCUAUCUGUUCUUGCGGUGCUGCACAAGCCUUGCAAAAUUUUAAUGAAGAUCAACCCCUUAUUCAAUUUCUCAUGGGACUCAAUAGUGAUUACAGUCACAUUAGAGGUAAUAUUCUAAUGAUGAAACCUCUGCCUUCUAUAAGUCAGGCUUAUGCCUUAUUAUCUCAAGAAGAGAAGCAAAGAGAAGUUCAUGCUUCUUCACAAUUUGUCAAUGAAUCAGCAUCGAUAUAUGCAUCAAAUCAGAAUCAGGAUACUCAGCAAAAUAUUCAAUAUAAUCAAAGUCAUCAGAAACAAAAAUUUGAUGGCAAAAGAAUUAUAUGCAAUCACUGUAAGAAGCCAGGGCAUAUUGCGAGUAAAUGCUACAGACUUUCUGGAGAGAAUUUUUUGCACAAUGCUUCACAGAAUUGGAAUUCUUGCAAGACGGAUAAUGGAAGUCAGAAUGCUCCUCAAGGUUCCCAAUCCUGGAAUUCUGGUAAUAAUCAUCAAAAUAUCUCUCAAGCUCAGUUCAGUCAACUCAUGGCCAUGAUGAGUAACCUACAAACCAGUAGUAAAUCUACCGAUCAAUCUGGAGCUCAUAACAAUCAUCCUUAUUCUGGAGGUCUUAAUAUUAUUUCUGGAGGACCUACUGGUCAGGCCUUUACAACUGCUAACUGCUCAGGUAUAAAAGCUUGUUCUAAUUGUGUUUGUUGUAGUUGUUGGUCAGCUGUUGAUUAUACUUGGAUCAUUGACACUGGUGCCAGUGAUCAUAUGUGCCACAAUGAAAAUCUUUUCAUCCAAACACAAAUCUUUCCUAAAGCAUAUCAUGUUACUUUGCCAAAUGGUCAUGUUGUUAAUGUGCAUAAAGUUGGUUCUGUGCGCAUUCAUCUUGAUAUCAUUCUGCAUAAUGUGCUUCAUGUUCCUCAAUUCAAGUAUAACUUGCUUUCAAUAGGCAAAUUAUGCAAACAGGCUUUCUCUUAUGCCAUUUUCACUAAUUCUAAAUGUUAUUUUCAGGGCCCUUCAAUGAAGAGGCCUCUGGAACUUGGUGAUAUUCACUCAGGGUUGUAUUUGCUGCAACAUUUUCCUGCUUCUCAAGCUCAAACACAAUAA